AUGCUACCUGACACUAAGCUGCACGGGAUUUUGGCUGCUGAAUUCACCCCUUCCGAUUCCUUAGGCUGGCGGCCGCAAUGGCUAACUCGCUACUCCAGCAUCUACAAGAACCGGGGAAUCGUUCAUUCAAAGGGUUAUACUAUUCGGCUUUCUAGAUCUCUACGCAACCCAAUCAUCAACGCUGCCACAAGUGAGAUUAUCUAG